AUGGCUCGCGCGGCCGUGUUCAUCCUCGUCGCUCUGUCGCUUCUCGGCGUUGCGUUAGCCGAGGUCGCAGCACAGGACGUGCUCGUUCUCGACGAUAAUAAUUUCAAAUCUACCAUCGACGAUCACUCGAAGGCAUACUUUAUCAAAUUCUUCGCACCGUGGUGUGGUCACUGCAAGCGCCUGGCGCCGACAUGGGCGGAGCUUGCUUCGGCGAAGGUGGCGCCGGAGGUGGUGAUCGCGCACGUGGACUGCACGGCCUCGCGCAGCGUGUGCGAGGAGCAGGAGAUUCGUGGCUAUCCCACCCUCAAGGUGUUUGUGAAGGGAGAGGGGAAGGAGAAGUACUCUGGUGGCCGGGACCUUCAGUCUCUGAGCACGUAUGUGCAGGAGGUUGCUGAGGAUUUCAAGGACUCAGUUGCUGCUGCUGAUGCAAAGGCAGCAGACACAGAGGCUGCAGCGUAA